GCCUGAUCGAGGGCGUAUUGAAGAAACAACCUGUCUCAGAAUCCAGUAUCUGUUCAUGCAGGGCGGUUUCUGUUACGAGCUCGCCUGAAACAUUCAGCAUUCUCAUGGAUUUACUUCAAACUUAAGGACUGUGCUAUCUCGUGUCACCGGUCCAAGGGUUUUCACAAGCUCACAGAAUGGACGACACGCUUCGUCUCGGGUUCACGCAACAUUUACUGGAAUGAAACAAACCCUAUGGAUCACUGAAAUGCGAUAUACUGCUUCAGUUUAACUUGAUAUACACAUACGGGACUGGUGAACAACUUCACGAUGGAAGACUUCAGAGGGAGGUUUAUACUGUGCUGUCAAAGUACUUUCCCGUGUUUCAGAGACCCGGCGAACAGCACCUCAUCUAGCACCGAGAAACGACACGAAGUGCAAACUAAUGAAUUUACAAAGCCGCCAAACAGGGAGUUACCUCCGACACCUGUGGAGAAACCCGGCUACGUUCACAUUGCGCUGUACGACUACACGGCGCGCACGGAGCAUGAUUUAAGCUUUAACGCAGGGGAUAAACUGGAGCCACUCAGGAAAGAGGAAGACUGGUGGUACGCGAGAGGAAUCACCGGGAUUUCAGCGAACAAAGAGGGCUACAUUCCUGCUAAUUAUGUUGCACCCGUAGAAAGCCUCGAUGCUGAACCAUGGUAUUUUCCAGAAACAAAGCGCUCGGAGGCCGAGAAGAUGUUGAUGUCUCAAGAGAACAAGAAUGGAGCUUUUCUAAUCAGGAACUGUGAAAGCCAGGCAGGAGAGCUCUCACUCUCAGAAGACAGAGGUGCUUCUCUUCAAUUGUCUGAUCAGAUAGAAAUGGGAUCCCAAGUGGCAUCUGGCAUGGCAUUCCUUGAGCUACAGAACUACAUUCACAGAGAUCUUGCGGCACGAAAUGUUCUGGUGGGAGAUAACAAUGUGUGUAAGGUGGCCGACUUUGGCUUGGCACGUGUAUUUCAGAUGGAAAAUGAGAAUGUUUAUGAGGCCAAAGAAGGAACCAAGUUUCCAGUGAAAUGGACUGCUCCCGAGGCCAUCCACGAGAACAAAUUCACCAUCAAAUCUGACGUUUGGUCUUUUGGGAUCCUACUAUAUGAAAUUGUGACAUUUGGACAGAUUCCUUACCCAACCAUGACAAACUUUCAGGUGGUACAACAGUUGUCCAAAGGCUACAGGAUGCCGUACCCUCUUAACUGCCCAAAAUAUUUGUAUGACAUCAUGUCCGAAUGCUGGAAGGACUCCCCUGCAGACAGACCCACCUUUGAAGCUCUGCAGUGGAAACUCGAGGACUUCUUUGAUGUAGAUCUCAGCUCUUACGAUGACGCAAACCGCUACUAAAAGACACUGCUGCUUACAAAUUUGAUGUAACUGCAAAUGAGCCAAGUGCAGGGAUUUGAUGAGCAAACCUGAGAUGCUAUUUUAGUAUCAAAUGACCCAAAUGCCUUUAUGUAUUCUUAAUGAACACAUAUAAUAUGCUUAAUGCACUCAUCAAGAGUUUUCCUAUGUACAAACUGCAUUAGUUAAAGCUGAAGCAUGUAGUCAUGUGGAUGCUAAAAUGCUUUCCCCCAUCCCGGGUUAAUGUGCGGAGACAACUGGUAACCUGUUUCCCUGGAAAGUGCUUUCAACACUCCAUUCUGUCGUCCAGUGACAAACUGGAGAAUGGGUGGAAUUGGAAACCGGUUUGCACACAGUCAUAAUUUAUGCAGUUCUGUUAAUGCUAUUGACGCUGAUUUUGCACAAUUCACAACACAAUUCAGCUUUGAAUCAAAAAUAUAUUCUCAGCCUUCCUGAUUAUUUCCUUUUUGCAUUCUUCCAUUCAUUCUGUGGAGGCAUACCUCAAUCUAUAUUUGCUGCCGUGUGCAUACUGUAUGCCAUCGUAUUGGUGGUUUAUUGUCACUUGACUUGCACUCAUGCUGGCGCCAUGAAACCGAAACAAUUUAGGAAUAAAUAUAAAUGGCCUGGGCGACAAACAUGAAUGGAAACAGGUAGCAGUGUAGCCGGGUUAACCUGUUUUAUGUUGAAUGAGUCACUGCAUGUCAGACUAGCAGCAUUACUUGUUCUAAGAGAGGAAUGCUCAGAAUCCAUUACAUACAUUUGCUCAUAGCAUUAAGCAGAAAGCGCACAUUGAGACUAGAUUCUCAGCCGAGCCUUAGUGAAAACUGUAAUAAUUAGAAAUAUUGUACAGUCACAGUGAUUUUUAAAAACAUUUUGGGUUUAAACAGAGCUUCUUUGAAGAUAAUUUACAAACAGUGAUUCUUUUUUUCACUCUCUUGUAAGAAGAUAAAAAUAUAC